GCGCACGUCGGCGCGUUCACGCCGUUACCAGAGCGAGCGAGAGCAAGUCUUCAUCUUCAUCAGCGUCAUCACCCUCAGAGCUCCAUUCAAUUCCUGGCCAGACGCUGACCAACUCAGAGCUACAACAAUGGCCUCCGGUGUGAAAGUGACGGACGAAGUGAUUGCCGUCUUCAACGACAUGAAGGUGCGCAAGGCCCAGGCCAACGAGGAGGAGAAGCGAAAGAGGAAGAAGGCCAUCCUCUUCUGCAUGAGCAAGGAUCUGAAGAACAUCGUGCUGGACGACGGCAAGGAGAUCUUGCUGGGCGACCUGGGCAACACUGUGCAGGACCCCUACCAGCACUUCGUCAAGAUGCUGCCGCCCGACGACUGCCGCUACGCGCUCUACGAUGCCACCUACGAGACCAAAGAGACCAAGAAGGAGGACUUGGUCUUCAUCUUCUGGGCUCCUGAUGGCGCCUCCCUGAAGAGCAAGAUGAUCUACGCCAGCUCAAAAGAUGCCAUCAAAAGAAAGUUCGAAGGAAUCAAGCACGAGUGGCAGGUUAACGGUUUGGAAGACCUGAAAGACCGGCACACGCUGGCGGAAAAGCUGGGUGGCACUUCAGUAGUCACCCUGGAGGGCUGCCCUAUAUAAAUAUCGGCCCUCGACCCCUUUCCCUCCCCCAAACCCCUUUCCCUCUUUUCUGGCUUCAGUGGAGGCCUAUCAGACGCAUCUGUCGGGUUUAGCUGUACGUUCCAGUGUGGUUUGGAGAAGGGCAAUGAAUAAAACCAGAAGAAUCAGAACCAGCAGCUUGUGGGACUCUCUCGGGGUGGGAUAUUGCGGGUGGGCCUGGGAGGGGGUGCCAGCGACAGGUUCGCAAAUAAAAGGUGAUUGAUUCCAAUAUCCAGACUGUCAUUCCAGUUUAAGAAUAUGAACAAAACACAAAGGCGAAAAUGAAAAGGUUCAAUUGAGUGAAGGAUGUUGUUGUGAUGUUUAAAGAUACGCCGGACGGGUUUGUCCCAUUUUGAAUGGGACACGCAUCAACAAAUGUUAGUUUUCCAACCAUUCUGCUUUUUAUUUCAACUAUUUUUUUUUUUUUGCCAAACUUGUAACUUAAGUUUUGUAACUAGUUUAGAUCAGGUUUAAUGUUAAACUAAUUCACACUCUGGAUUGCACAAGACUUAUCAAAACAUUCUCUUGCUACAUGAUUAUAGAAACUUUCUGUUUUGAACAUGCAAAAAUCCAAAACUUGAGUGGUUCCUUUUCUUUUUCCCUGUUCUGAAAAUGGCAUUUCAUGUAGUUCACACAUUCCUCGUACUUGUUUUUUUUUUUCCUCACCCAAACCAGCAUCUCCUCAUUGGGAAAAGACAAAAUGUUGACGUUGUUAAGGUCUUGGUGGAGAGCGAAGUGUAAAUGAAACACCGGUGGUCACAUUUGAGACUGAAUAUUGAAUGGUGGAUGUUUUGUAUCGUCUCCUAUCUCUAAUAAAUAAAUAAAUUUAAAAAAAGCA